UCGUGGCGAGAGCACGCUUUGCCCGAGGCUGUCGGCGGCGCUCAGGAGAGUUAAGAGAGCGAGGAGGUGGGAGGAGGAGAAGAUUCCGCGUCGUUUCUCCUCACGCAGCCGCGGCACCGUUAUUCUACAACGCCGUCGUCGUCGUCAUAGUCCGCGAAGAUUUCGUGCGUGCUGAGGUAACCACCACCACGUCGUCAAGGCUGGUCCGGGUCUCACCGACGUGAGAUUAGAAGUUUUCAUUCAAUAAUUCUUUAACGCCACACGAGGAGGAAGAGGAGGAGGGUGGUGGGGCGAGAAGAGCAAUGCAGCCGACGACGGCGGUAGAGGCCUGGCCACGCCGGGGCGACCGCCUCAUCAGUGGCCGCAGUCCGCCUCGUUCUGGACUGUCUCUGUCGGCUCUGCUGCUGUUGUUGUUGUCACUGCUGUUGUUGUUGGUUGGUGGUAACGUGGCCGAGGCGUCGAAACUGAACGUGCCCAAGAUCCUGCUGCCGUACGCGGGCGCCUCGCAGAUCAACUACACAUUGGAGGCGGAGAGCGGCUGCUACAGAUGGCAGUCGUCCCGGCCUGAGGUUGCGAGCGUGGAGGCCGUGUACAGCACCGAUGAUGCAGGGCAGCGGUGCUCCAGCCGCGCCGUGGUGUCGGCCCGCGCCGCCCAGCACACCCGCCUCACCACCAUCGUCAUUGCCGAAGACACAGUGUCGGGCCAAGUUCUACGGUGCGAUGUGAUUGUCGACACUAUCCAGCACAUCCAGAUCGUCUCGACAACGAGAGAACUCUACCUCGACGACUCUCCACUGGAACUCACCAUCCAGGCCGGCGACCGCGAGGGAAACACGUUCACCACCCUUGCUGGGCUGCAGUUUGAUUGGACGACCAUCAAGGAUGAGGAGGUGCUGUCCACUGCCGAUGGACACAACGCCUUGCGAUUUCUCCGGUUCUCCGAGGCGGCAUACCGGCCACCGGCCUACAUCCUGGAGAUGGAGAGGAAAGGCCGGCAGGGCGACCGCAUGCUCGUGUCUGGCCUCAAGACGGGCAGCGCCCGCGUCAAGACCAAAAUACGAGAGCCCCUGUACAAGGCCGUGGAGGCGACCGAGGUGCGCCUCCUCAUUCUGGAGAGCAUCCUGCUGAGCCCUUCGCACGACGUGUACCUCCUCGUGAACACGCACAUCCACUACCACGUGCUCAAGGUCAAGCAGGGCCGUCUCAUUGACAUCCCGAUGCCGUCGGAGCAGUAUGAGCUGCAGCUGCAGGGCCCGCUGACGAAGGAUGGGCCUGUGGCCCGGCUGGAUGCGCAGACCUCCAUCCUGGUGGCCCAGAAUCUGGGGCAGACAAGCCUCCUCCUUGUGCACAAAAACAUUCGCAUGCAGGGCGUCUCGCGUCUCCCCAACUCCACCGUCUACGUGAUCGAGGCCGCCUUCCUCGGUUUUCUGAUCGAGCCGGGAGAGCACUGGGUGUUGGAAGUGGGGCGUGAGUAUUGGAUCAGGGUGGAAGUGUUCGACAAGAAUGGCAACCGUAUUCACCUGACCGACAAUGUGCGCAUCGAGACAACGUUCCCGAAGAAAUUCUUCAACGUCUUGGAGUCGAACCUGAAUGGGUCGCAGCAUCGCGUGCAGGCCCUGCACCGGGGACAGACUGAGGUCAAGGCCAUUCUCGCCCACGUCCUGGCUCCGAAUGGAAAAUCGCUAGCUCUCCCGCAGACAAUCUCAAACCAGCAGGAGGUGGAGAUUUUUGACCCUAUCGUUUUGCAGCCGCCCCUUCUCAUCUACCCGUGGCAGCCCAGCCGCGUGCAUUACCACUACACGCUCAAGGCUGAGGGCGGCAGCGGCAACUUCAGCUGGUCGUCGACUGAGACGGAGGUGGCCACGGUGACGGUGCGGGGGCUGCUGACGACAGCAGAUGCGGUGGGGACAAGUAUAAUCCGUGCCAGGGAUGUGCAGAACCCUCUCCAUUUUGGCAGCAUGAAGGUGCGCAUGCUGGAGGUAGUCCACUUGGCGUUUGGGCGCUCGAAGCUGGAGGCGCGCGUGGGCGCGGUUCUAGAGCUGCCGGUGCGCGCCAGCGGCUUGGUGGACCCGGCCACACGCCAGACCAAGAUGUUCUCCGACUGCUCGCAGAUGCACUUCAUCACCGACCUCGCCAACACGGCCGUGUUUCAAGUCCUCGAGGGAAACCUGCCUCCGGGUAAUGGCUCCUGCAUGACGGUGCGUGUGCGUGCCCUCUCGGCUGGACACACGACCAUCAGCAUCUCCUACACGCAUGGCACCACUCAUCUCCACGACUCCAUCACCAUCGCCGCUUACUUGCCGCUGAAGGUGGUGGACCCGAUCUCCGUGGCCCUAGUCACUCUGGGGGCCUCCAAGGAGGUGGUGUUUGAGGGUGGGCCCCGGCCCUGGGUGCUGGAGCCAUCCAAGUUCUAUGCGCGACUGGACGCUCAGAACGAGGACCUUGUCACGAAGCACGCACUGGGCCACGGCGAGCAGAAGUGGCACCAGCGCCACACCUUCAGGGUGUUGUGCACCGCGCUCGGAGAACAGGCGCUCACGCUGACGGUGGGGAACCACGAGAGUGCAUCUAACCCGCUGCCCGCGGAGGAGUGGACGCGCACGCGCUUUGUGUGCGCGCGCCCCGCUUCACUCAGCCUGACGCCCGUCUACUUGCCCACGUCCACAGGCCGUCCAUGCCCACUCACCCAGCAGAAGCGGCAGCUGGUGCCCAUGUCCAACCACCGCGACGCGCAGCUGCUGCUGGUGGCGCUGGACCAGCAGGGCGAGCACUUUGACAACUUCAGCUCGCUGGCGGUGGAGUGGUUCUCCUCGGACGAGAACCUCGCCUCCUUCCCCGAGUCCUCCACGUUGCUCCAUUUCCAUGAGGACCAGCAGCAGCACGGCACUGGCCACGCCCUCGCAUACAGUGUGCAGCGAGUGACUACCCACCGUAAGAAAGGGACCGUCACCAUCAAGGUCUCCGCCAGCACGUACUCGGACCACCUCCUGCGGGAGACCCUCGCUCGGAAAGAGGACCUAACACUGCCGACCGUCUCGGCCUCCAUCGAGCUGCUCCUCGUGGAGGACGUCAGCAUCUCCCCGAACAACCUCACCAUCUUCAACCAUCCUGAAGCCAAGGUGACACUAACGCUGAGCGAAGGUUCGGGGUUCUUUCACGUCAACGCCAGCGGCAACGACGUCAUGCAGAUAAAUCACCAGGAUGUCAACAACGCUGUGCAGGUGGUGCCCCUACAGCCCGGCACUCUGUCCCUGCUGGUGCUCGACCUGUGCCUGGCUUUGCCGUCGUCCGCCCGUGCCGAGGUCCGAGUCUCCAACAUUCAAGAGCUCCUCAUCGACGUCCUCGACAAGGUGGAGAUCGGCAAGGCGGUUCGUGCAUACGUGCGGGUCCUGGAUCACCAGCGGAAGCCCUUCCUGACCCAGUUUCUCCGUCACAUGGGGCUCAAGCUGACAUCUGCCUCGAAUAUCCUGAAUUUGGAACCCUUGCUGGAGGCCCCUGAUGACGUGUCGGCGGCGUACCUGGUACAUGGGCUGGCGGUGGGGCAGACCACGCUCACCGCAUCGGCUCGGGAUCGCACUGGCCGCAAGAUCAACGCCAUGCCCAGGGAGAUACAGGUGUUUCCUCCGUUCAAGCUGUCCCCACGCAAGCUGGUGCUGCUGAUUGGAGCCAAGAUGCAGGUGAUGUCAGAGGGUGGACCCCAACCUCAGUCAAACCUGGUGUUCAGACUGGAGAACGGCACAGUGGCGCGCGUUGGCUCGGCAGGCCACGUCACGGCGGAGACCUUGGGCACCACGCGCUUGCUCGGCUCCAUCCAGGCCACCGAUCCCGACAUGCGGAAGGUUGUCGUCUUCUCACAGGACGCAGUUGACGUGGAGGUGGUUCCCCUGCGCGGUGUGCGCAUCCACGUGCCGCUCACUCGCAUCAUGACUGGCUCACUGAUGCCGGUGUACGUGACGGGGCAGGGGAGCGGGCAGACCCCCUUCUCGUUCGGCAGCAUCCGUCCAGCAUUCACCUUCCACUGGAGCGUCAGCAAGCGCGACGUGCUGGAACUACGUGGCCGCCACUCGGAGGCAUCGCUGCAGCUUUCGGAACGGCACAGCUUCUCGCUGGUUCUGCGGGGCCGCGCCCAGGGCCGCGUCGUACUCAAGGUGACUGUGAGGGCCACAGACCCCAAGGCUGGCCAGUUUGAGGGCGGCGUCCGGGAGCUGACGGACGAGGUGCAGAUCCAGGUGUUUGAGAAGCUGGAGAUCACAAACCCGGAGGGUGACACGCGCCAGCUGCUCCUCUCUCCAAAGGCCACGUUCCCCCUGCACACGAACAGGGACGCGGUGUCUCGCGUGAGCUACCGCGUGCUGGACUGCCCCCUGGGCGGGUCCGUCGUUUCGGUGGACGAGCAGGGACUCGUCACGGCGUGCGCUGCGACCGGCGUCGCCAUCGUCGCCGCCACCGCCCAGGAGCCCUUCGGCCUCAACCAGACGGCGGUCAUCGGUGUACGGGUGGCGGCGGUGGCAUAUGUGCGCGUGAGCGUGGCGCUGCCGCUCUACACGCUGGGCCGCGAGCCACUGCCGUACUUCCCGCUCGGGGCCUCGUUGGCGCUCGUCGCUCACCUGCACGACAACACGGGGCAGGUGUUCCACUCGGCCAGCCUCGCGCUACGCUACACCCUCAACAGAGACGACCUGGCGCAGGUGCGGCCCGGCUCGGCUAACAACACGUUCGUGGCGGCGGUGGGCGGCUUGGGCUCCACCGUUCUCUCGGUGUGGGACCCUGACAUCCCGGGCCUGGCCGACUUCCUGCCCCUGCCCGUGGGUCACGCCAUCGGGCCCGCCGAUGGCCUGGCGGACGUCUCGCUUGGCGACGUCAUUUGCUUGUCGACGGCUCUCACGGCCCAGGACGGCUCCUCUGGUGUGUGGAGUUCUUCGGAUGAGUUGCUUCUCUUCGUGGACGCGCACACCGGAGUUGCAGUCGCUAAGGACGUUGGGACGGUCCACAUUUACUACGAGAUCACAGGCCUCAUAAAGACCUACAUCGAGGUUGUGGUACAGCCCUUGAAAAAUAUCAGGGCUACGUACUUGGGCGCCAUGGCUCUAACCAACUGGCCCAAGACGGAGGGGGUCAGGGUGACUGUCACGCUGGGGUCAGGAGGAAGCAACAUGAAAGGCCAGUGCAGUGCCAGCCAGCUACAGGCCAUGCAUGUCCUGCCCUUGGCCAGCAACCUCCAGUGUCACACGCAGUUCAGCAACCCCGAGGUGACGCACGUUACAACGCAUGCGGCGUUCAGCGUCUCGCCCGUGUUCGACGUCGCCAACGGGCACUACACGUGCGACGUCUCGCCGUUGCCGCUCGCCGACGCCGGACAGCAGAAGUCUCUGAGCGUCGCCGCCACAAGCGUGCACGUCUGGGCGACCGUGCGCGAAGCUUCCUGCGGCGGCGACGGCGUGGGCUGCGAUGGCGGCAACGACGGCGGGGGCGGCGUGACUGCCCACGGCACCGCCGUGGCUGUGGUGCCGUUCUUGCCUGCGUUCUACGUGGAGCCGCGGGAGGUGGUACUCUCCGGGCGACAUGCGGCAGCGAUGUUCACCGUGCACGCCACCGAGGAGGCGCUGCGCUACCUGGAGGUGAGCAGCAACAAGCCGUUCGUGCUGGUGCAGCGCAGGAGCCUGGGUGGCAACUGGGUGCAAUUCUCAGUGCAGCUGACGGACGACAGCACCGCCCUGCGUCACGUCAACGGGGAGGAGGCGGCAGGGCCGAUGUCCGAGGCUGUCCCCGUGGUCUCCGUGAGCUGCUCUGCCACGGGGCAGCGGCAGGAGCUGCAUGUUCACCUUGCGGUCGCCGGUGACGCCACAGCCGCGGCAUCGCUGUCCAGUGAGCCUGCUCGUGAGGGCUCAUUUCAGCACCUGAUGAAGGGCCACCAGAACUUCCUGCUCAUCCUCUUCCUCAUCCUCUUGAGUUUUGCCCUCGUCAUCAUCGUGUACUACUCAAUAGUGGCACCGGGGCAGUCUGUGCAGCACCCGGCCUUCCUGCCACGUGGAGCGUCUCCUCUCCACAACAACUCCCCCGCCGCCCCUCUGUCGCCGUGGCGCUCCGAUUCUCCCGAGAGCCCCGCCUCGCUUCGAUCUAGCCCCAACAAGCGACUGUGGAGCACAGAGACCGCGGACUACCUGCACCGGCGUAGUUAACCAGGCGCUGGCCACGGGGCCGCCAGCCGCCGACCACGCACUGCAUCACCGGGAUGCCUCCUGCACGAUCCGGCACAACUGCACU